AAGGUUUUCAGGUUACAACUUCUGUUUGUGACGUUUCUUCUCGUGACCAACCAGAGAAACUCAUGGAAACCGUUUCGUCUCUUUACCAAGGAAAACUAAACAUCCUCGUAAACAAUGUGGGAACAACUAUAUACAAGCCGACCACAAAGUAUACAGCAGAAGACUUCUCGUUUCUGAUGACUACAAAUCUUGAGUCAGCUUUCCAUCUAUCGCAGCUCGCGCAUCCUUUGUUGAAAACCUCUGGUUCAGGGAGCAUUGUGUUCAUAUCCUCUGCUGCUGGGGUUGUGCACAUGAGUAUUGGACCUAUCUAUGGAGCAACCAAAGGAGCCAUGAAUCAGCUAGCUAGAAACUUGGCUUGCGAAUGGGCAAGGGACAGCAUAAGAGCUAACUCUGUUUGUCCUUGGUUCAUCACAACUCCUUUAACUCACGAUUCUCUCAAUGAUGAAGAUUUUAAGAAAGAAGCGGAACGUAUGACAUCAAUAGGACGUAUUGGAGAGGCAAAUGAAGUCUCGCCGCUUGUGGCAUUCCUCUGUCUUCCUUCAGCUUCAUACACUACUGGUCAAACCAUCUGUGUUGAUGGAGGUGCCACUGUCAAUGGCUUCUCUUUCAAGCCUCUGCCUUAAACGUCAAAAACACAUAUAUGCAAUGUAUUUGUAUCUAAACCUAUGAAUAUUAUAAAGUACCGUGACAAUCUAAAAGUUGUGGUCUAUUUGUAAUAAACGUAAUUUUGAUGCGCUCCUUUCUAAAUUCUCUAAUGGUCCCAAAGAGAUUGGGUCCAUAUUCCAUCGUGUUCUUGUCAUUUAAUUUCUAAGUUUUGUUUCUUAUAGAUUUUUCUGUAUUGGAACUAAUAUUGAUUCU